AUGGCUGGCAUGAACUUGGUUAAGAAAUUUCACCCUCUUUGCGACGUUCCGGCAUUCGGCGGCUUAAGGCAUAUUUCUGGACUACCCCCUAGCCAUGCAACUGGAGCCGUUGUCGUCAUGGCGCAGAGGACUAUGGCAUCAUGGCACACGACCAAAGAAAAAGAGCGUAGCAGCGCGACUGUUUGGAGCCACAUAGUCAAUGGCACAGGCCCAGCAGACCGAGGCGUUGGCCGACAGCAAUGUACGCAUCGCGAGGCACAAGCAAUCGCGCAUUUUAGAAUGGUCGCAACAGCCAUCCGUCCGUCCGGGGAGACGGGCUCGAUUGCAAAUGAGAAUGUCUGGCUGUCGAAUGAGAAUCUCGCAGCAGUGUCUGCUCCACUGCGCCCGCUAGUCUGGAGCCGCAAUCCGAACGCUUGCUGGUGA